AUGUCCAACAUUGCAAAGCUUGAGUCUAAAGAACUUGAAGUUAGUGGGAAAAACUAUAUGUCAUGGAUGAUAGAUGUAAAAAUGCAUCUUCUAUCUAUGGGAAUCCCAAAUUCUAUAUAUGAAAAUAAUGAGUGUUCGGCACAAGAAAAAGUGAAAGCACAAGUUUUCAUUUGUAAGCAUAUUAAUGAAAUAUUGAGAUUUGAUUAUCUUGAUAUUACUAAUCCAAGUAUUCUCUGGAAUCGCUUGAAGGAAAAAUUUGAUCAUCAAAAGGAAGUUAUACGUCCAAAUUCUAGAGAUGAAUGGAGAACACUGAGGUUUCAGUACAUCAAGAAAGUAAAUGAAUAUAACUUAUCUUUGGUUAGUUGCAAAUUUACAAAAUAUUAUGAACUAAAUGCAUGCUUGCUUGAUGUAGAGCAAAACAAUGAGUUCUUGAUGAAUAACCAUGAAUUUCAUCCAACAAGAUCAGUAGCACUUCCUAAAGGAAAUGAUACGAAUACUGAUGCUCAUCAAAACAAUACACUUGGACGAGGACAUGGUCAUGAUCGAGGAUGA